GUCAUCAUUGUAGCUCUGGAUAUCCAAGCACAGUCCCUGUCCUCCGCCCUGGUCGAAGUCGUCUGAGAAGGCUCCGGAUCCCGUUUGCCAAAAGGACUCGUCUUCCAGAGGAGAAUCCAGGGGUUCCACUGAGAGGCAAAGGCCCUGGGCCCAACCCCAGGAAGACAGAUGCAGCUAAAAGAUGAAGGAGGGAAAGUAACCACUUACUGCUGUUAUGAUGGAAACCCCGGUGCCCAGUGAAAUGGGAACAAUCCCAUCAGGAUCUCCCACCUACAUUAAAUUGCUCGUGACCUACCGGGAGCUUCUGGUCACCCACGUCCGCAACACUCGCUGCCUGCUGGACAACCUGCUGGAGAAUGACUACCUCUCAGAGGAGGACGCGGAGAUUGUGUGUGCCUGCCCCACCCAGCCUGACAAGGUCCGCAAGCUCCUGGAUCUGGUGCAGAGCAAGGGCGACGAGGUGUGCGAGUUCCUCCUCCACGUGCUCCAGCGUCUCCAGGAUGCCUACGUGGACCUCCAGCCCUGGCUGUCGGAGAUCGGCUUCGCCCCAUCCCAGCUCAUUCAGAGCAGAACUGUGCUCAACACAGAUCCAGUGAGCAGGUACACCCAGAAGCUUCGGCAUCACCUGGGCUGCGACUCCAAGUUCAUCCUGUGCUAUGGCCAGAAGGAGGAGUUGCUCUUGGACGACGUGUACAUGGACACGGUGGUGGAGCUGGUGGGCUUUGCCAACGAGAGCCUGGGUCUCCUGGGCAGCCUGGACGGCCUCCUGGACCACUCCACGGGCAUCCUCAACGAGCAGGCCGAGACUGUGUUUGUGUCGGGCAACGCCGGUGUGGGCAAGUCCAUGCUGCUGCAGCGGCUGCAGGGCCUCUGGGCCUCGGGCCAGCUGGAUGCCGGCAUCAAGUUCUUCUUCCACUUCCGCUGCCGCCUGUUCAGCUGCUUCCAGGCCAGCGACACCCUGUGCCUCCAGGACCUGCUCUUCAAGCACUACUGCUACCCGGAGCAGGACCCAGAGGAGGUGUUCGCCUUUCUGCUGCGCUUCCCGCACACGGCCCUCUUCACCUUCGAUGGCCUGGACGAGCUCAGCUCGGACUUCGACCUGAGCAGUGCGCCCGACACCACCUCGCCCCUGGAGCCCGCCCACCCGCUGGUCCUGCUGGCCAGCCUGCUCAGCGGGAAGCUGCUCAAGGGGGCCACCAAGCUGCUGACGGCUCGCACGGGCCUGGAGAUCCCGCGCCAGUUCCUCCGGAAGAAGGUUUUCCUGCGGGGCUUCUCCCCCAGCCACCUGCAGACCUAUGCGCGGCGCAUGUUCCCGGACCGUGCGCUGCAGACCCGCCUGCUGGAUCAGCUGGAGGCCAACCCCAAUCUGUGCAGCCUGUGCGCCGUGCCCCUCUUCUGCUGGAUCAUCUUCCGCUGCUUCCAGCACUUCUACUCGGCCUUCCAGGGCGCCCUGCAGCUGCCCGACUGCACGCUCACGCUGACCGACAUCUUCCUGCUGGCCACCGAGGUCCACCUGAACAGGACCCAGCCCACGAGCCUGGUGCAGAGGAACACGCGGAGCCAGGUGGAGGCCUUCCACGCCGGCCGGGGCACCCUGCACUCCCUGGGCCGCCUGGCUCACGGGGGCAUGGAGAGGAGUCUGUUCGUCUUCAGCCCGGAGCAGGUGCAGGCCUCUGCGCUGCAGGAGGGGGACCUGCAGCUGGGCUUCCUGAAGGCCGUGCUGGAACUGGGCCCCGGCGGGGAGCAGCUGUCUUACGAGUUUUUCCACAUCACCCUCCAGGCCUUCUUCACGGCCUUCUUCCUGGUGGUGGACGACAGAGUGGGCACGCAGCACCUGCUCAGGUUCUUCCAGGAGUGGGCUCCUCCUGGGAAGACCGCGGCGGCGACCUGCUUCCCCUCUUUCCCCCCUUUCCGGUGUCUGGGGGGCCGCCGCCUGGCGAGGGAAGACCCUUUCAAAAACAAGGAUCACUUUCACUUCACCAACCUCUUCCUGUGCGGACUGUUGUCCAAAGCCCGGCAGAAACUCCUGCAGCACCUGGUGCCCGCGGCGGCCUUGAAGAGAAAGCGCCGUGCCCUGUGGGCACACCUGUUCACCAGCCUGAAGUCCUACCUGAAGAACCUGCCCCGAAUGAAGGUGGAGGGCUACAACCAGGUGCAGGCCAUGCCCACCUUCAUCUGGAUGCUGCGCUGCAUCUACGAGACGCAGAGCGAGGAGGUGGGGCAGCUGGCGGCCAGGGGCAUCUGCGCCAACUACCUCAAGCUGACCUACUGUAACGCCUGCUCGGCCGACUGCAGCGCCCUCGCCUUCGUCCUGCACCACGUCCACCAGCGGCUGGGGCUCGACCUGGACAACAACAACCUCAAUGACUACGGCGUGCGGGAGCUGCAGUCCUGCUUCCGCUGGCUCACCAUCAUCAGACUCAGCGUGAACCAGGUCACUGACAGCGGGGUGAAGGUGCUCUACGAGGAGCUGACCAAAUACAAAAUCCUGACGUACUUGGGCUUAUACAACAACCAGAUCACCGAUGUGGGUGCCAAGUACAUCGCCCAGAUCCUGAACGAAUGCAAAACCCUCACACACCUGAAGCUAGGACUAAACAAAAUAACAAGCGAAGGAGGCAGGUGUCUCGCCAUGGCCGUGAAGAACAGCAGCUCAAUCAUGGAGAUUGGGAUGUGGGGCAAUACAAUCGGCGAUGAAGGAGCCAAGGCCUUCGCAGAGGCUCUGAGGAACCACCCCAGCUUGACCAACCUGAGCCUGGCGUUCAACGGCAUCUCCACGGAAGGAGGAAAGAGCCUGGCGCGAGCCCUGCAGCGGAACACGUCUCUGAGGAUCUUCUGGCUGACCAAAAACGAGCUCAACGACGAAGUGGCUGAGAACUUUGCUGAAAUGCUGAGAGUGAACCAGACGCUGACACAUUUAUGGCUGAUCCAGAACCAGAUCACAGCCAAGGGCGCCACACAGCUGGCAGAGGCCCUGCCGAGGAACACCGGCAUAGUGGAGAUCUGCCUAAAUGGAAACUUGCUCAAGCCAGAAGAGGCCAAGAUGUUUGAAGCUGAAAAGCGCCUCAUCUGUUUCUGAGCUUUGGGUGCCCUGGGCCGCCUCGCUCACGGAGACUCCGAGACUUCUGUUCCACAGCCCUCUCGUUGGGAGCCUCCUACAGGGGGUCUGCAUGUGUGUGUGUAUGUGUGUGUGUGUGUGUGUGUGUGUGUGUCCAACUGCCUUGAUGACAGCACAGCAUCUUCUCCUGCACACCCCUGGUUUGGGGCAAACCCACUAAGCAGCAGUUGGAACUUUGUAGAAACCUGUUGUAGAUCUUGUAAAUGCAGCGUGAAGGUCGUCAGUGAUUGUCACCUGUGGCUGGAGGAAGGAGACUUUGAGGAGCACAGAGGCGGCCACCUUCCGGUCCAUUCGUACAAAGGACCGAGGGCUGGGAGCAAGUGACCAGUGACCGAUGUUGUCAUUGGAGAUGUGAGGACUUGGCUUCUGGGGAGAAGAGGUGCUGGGGGCAAACCAAAGGUGUAUUAGCCCAAGACUGUCCCUUCCUCCUCCGCGCUCCCUGGUGUGCUCCUAUGACGCCCCACUCAGCUGCCGUUUCCCUGGUGGGGGUCAGACUCCCCCAAGGCUGAGAGGGAAAUGGUUGCCAUGCAGAGGCCUCGCAUCCCAGCUUUCUGUUUUUGUCCUGGAGGCUCAUGUCAGCUGACAGCGGUCGCAGACUGCCCUCUUAGCUGAUCUAAGAGACUGGACCCGUGCUGAGUCCGACCUCCCUGGAAGGUCAAGUACCCUGAACCAGGGGCCCUGCCACUGGGAGAAGUGACACCGAUCCUGUCCUCCAGAAGGAGCAGGCAGGGUGGCCUUGGUGUCCCUGGAAUCGGGCGGGAAGUCCCUCUCCCUCUUGCCCUUGCUUUGCUGAGAGGGGAAGAGGGUGGGGGCCAAGCAGCCUGAAAACAAACAGAACAUGUCCGUCAGAUGUUGGCCGCCAAGGAGGGUGCAAAGUAGAUGCUCCAUGCAGGGAAGAAGGGGCCCUCCCAGACAACCACUUCUAUUGCUCAUUCAUUUGUUAAUAAAAUACUGAAAACACUCGU